AUGGGUGGUCCCGCCUUCGAUCUCCUUGCCAACCCGCUGGGAGCGGUGCGCGUCCUCUUCGAUCGCGAGGUCCACCGGCUCCGCAGCGCCGCACAAAUCGGCGGACAAGGCGGCGGCGAUGGCGGGGCCGCGCAGGAGGCGAUGAAGCGACAGCUGGCGGAAGGAGACUGGGGAGUUCGCACGCUCGUCGAUGAAUUCUUGUUUCGCGAUGGGAACAUUGAUAAGGUGCCUGAGAUCAACUCAGUGGGUGUGGAUCACGUGCCGGUGGGCUCGCUUGUCCGUUUCCGAGGCAUGGUACAGGACAUGUGGGGCACCGAGUUUUAUCAGGGCCUCUACAAACGAAGCAGACAGCCCCCAUCCGCUUCCCCCUCAGGCUCCUCCGCCCCCCCCUCUCCCCCCUGGCGCACAACCAAGUACACUGAUGGGGACUGCGGGGGGGGAAUGGGGGGAGACGGGGUGGAGGGGCUGGGGGAAGGGGCGGCGGAUUUUGGCAGUAUCUGGGAGAGGCGGCUGCUGUACUGCGUGCCGGUGCCGGGGGAGCAGCCAUGGGCGCGGGCUCUCAGGGACGGGGGGAGAGAGGGGAGGGGGAACCGGGGGAGAGGGGAGGGGGGAAGCGGGGGGGAGGAGGGCGGUGGGGCGGAGAAGAGGGGCAGAGAGGAGGGGGACGCUGAACUUAUGGGCAUGGACGUGGAAACCAGGGUGGCUCCCAGCGAGGCAGGGGAAUCCAAGAGACAGGCCACCACAGCAGUUGCCAACACCACAGCCGCUGCCAUCCCUACCAGCAGCAGCAACACCAUGGCACAGCUCGGCAGCACUGGUGCUGCUGGCGACGCCCCUCCGUUUGUGGAUCUGCACUUCCCUCUCGGGCCCUCUGCCUCUGCUUCCCAUGGCCCCCCACUGCUGCCCUGCAUUGUCAAGCUGUACGACAGCGUGGAGUCGCAGGUAAAGCUGAAUCAGGUGGUGGAGUUCGUGGGGGUGGUGGCACCACCAUCCGCGCCCACCGUGCAUACUGCCCACACAGCAGCAGCAGCACCACAAGACGCAGCCACAGGCGCAGGAGCAGGCACAGGCGGAAGCACAGGAGCAGCGAUGGAGGUGGAGAUGAUGGGGGGCGAUAUGGGCAUGGGAGCGUGCCCCUCUGCGUGUCUGCCCAGCAGCCAGGUGUUGCGAUUACACUGCCUCACCUGGAGGAAGCUCCCUCACCUCUUCUCAACCGAUGUGGGGCCCACUGUGGCGGCAGCGGGGAGCAUCAGGGCGGCGCUGCUGUCUCGGCUGGCUGCUGCUCUGGGCGGCGACAGGCUGGCGGCGGAAUACCUGCUGCUGCACCUGCUGUCACGGGUACACACGCGCAUAGAGCCCAUGCCUCUUGGCAAGCUCUCUCUUAACCUCUCCGGCUUCCCAGAACCUUCCUUGGCCUCCACUCCCUCUCCAACCCCUCCUCCUCUCUCUUCCUCCCCUCCCUCACUCUCCCAAGCCGCCUCCCCCUCUCUCUCCGCCCUCACCUCCUCUCUCCAAACCCUCCUCCCAGCCACCCACACUCUCCCGCUCUCCCUGGACAAUCUUAACUCGCGCCGCCUCACGCCCCACAAGGACUAUACCUCUGACAGACUAGUCUCUGGCGUGCUGCAGCUACCAGCAGGGACCCACCUAACUAUUGACGAGACGGCUUUAAAGCCGGGAAGGGUGGCGGCGCUAGGGAGCCAGAACCUGCAGGCUCUUAAAGAGCUAUUGGAGUGGCAAAAAGUGGACUACGAUUUUCAGUACUAUAAGAUGGAGAUGCAGAGCGAUAUACCUGUGCUGAUUCUCUCCCAUGCCACGUCACGCCUCCUGCCUGCUGACGUCAGCCUGCCAGUGCGGUGCACGGCGCCACCUCAGCCUGUCCGUGAGGACGAGCCGGAGGUUGCCACGUGGCGGCGGUACAUUGGCUGCUGCCGGCUGCUGGAUCAUGAGAUCAAGGAGGACAUGCGGGAGCCUCAGCAACCCAUCUUCACCACCUCAUCCCACCCUCCUCAAAUCCCACCCUCCCCACAUCCCACCCUCCCCACAACCCACCCUCCCCACAUCCCACCCUCCCCACAACCCACCCUCCCCACAUCCCACCCUCCCCACAACCCACCCUCCCCACAUCCCACCCUCCCCACAUCCCACCCUCGCCACAUUUCACCUCUCCAAAUCCCACCCUCGCCACAUUUCACCUCUCCAAAUCCCACCCUCGCCACAUUUCACCUCUCCAAAUCCCACCCUCGCCACAUUUCACCUCUCCAAAUCCCACCCUCGCCACAUCCCACCCUCCCCACGUACCACCUGUGUGGGCAGCAAGUGGAGCGGGAGCUAGUGGCAGCGCGGCAGGGGGACCCGUCCCUCGACUCCGACACUUUCCACAGGUACGCGCUGCCCGGUGCUUGCGAUGCCUCUUGCUGCGCAAUGCCUGUUGCGGGGCAUUUCCUAGAAUUCGCAGCAGCUCGUGGCAGCACGGCAGCAGGACCCCUCUCUCGACUCCGACACUUUUCCCAGUUCUGCGCCUGUGGCUCCCCCUGCGGCUUGGGUGGUGCCGCCUGUCACCCCGAUAACGGCUCCCGUGGCUGGUCCCUCCACGGCAGCGCCUACUCCCUCGGCGUCUACCCAGGAGGCUAA